AUGGAGGCGAAUGAAGUCAACAACAAGAAAGACGGUGGUACGACAAGAGCCAGACAAGCCGUUAACGUCGAAGUCGCUAAUGCCCAAUAUCUCGAAAAACAAUACCAACAACAACAACCCAUCCCAUCCAUGAAAUGUGAUUGUCCCACUUUCGGGUACAGACUGAUGAAGCAGAAUCAGGAAAUCGACAACAACAUCCGCCAGAAUCCGGCGCAGAUUCCCAACAUUCCCGCAUUCUACCGCCAGGAUAUCCCUGCGCUGAUGGCACGUCCAGCUAAUCCGUUCUUGAAUUAAAGCACCUGAACGAAGGCGACGUAUCUUCACUUCGUCUCUACCUUUGUCACACUUUUAUUUUUGCUAAUUGUUUUUUCAUUUUCACCAUUUUGAGGCUUUCAAAAAGCACAUUUUUUUCGCCACACUUUUUGAAUCGAAAUUGCUGUAUCGUUCAAAAAACUUGAAUUUUGAGAUUUUUUUUGUUCACAUACUGAUCUCUUUAACACGUCUGCAGCACUAGCUGCCCAAAGCUGAGAAUUUUUUGCUAUGGAUCUCAUUAACAC